CUCGAGGACACAGCGCGUUAAAUAUUUUUUCUUAAUAUAAUAAAAUGAAAAUUUCACUGCUCCUACCACUUGCUUUAAUUUUCGUGUCACAAGUUCGUAGUGAAAAUAAUACUAUUGAAAACAAUGGAGUGAGAGAUAAAAGGCAAUGGUUUUGGUCCGGUCCUCCAAAAGAUACAACUCCUAGGUUCGUUCUUUACAAGGCUACAACCCAGAAGCCUAAACCCCAAAAACCUACAAAUAAUCAAAACUUUAAACUGACCGACCCAUGUGCGAUAGUCGAACCGGUCAAGCCAAAUUUUUCUAAGCCAGGAAGAAGAAUCAGCGAAGAAAAAUGCUUAGAAUAUAUCUGGUCAAUAAAGAACAUAGAAGAUACGAAGAAGAGAAAGUCUGAAUGUAGACCGUUUACUACACGCACACUGGUGAUAGGUGGACGAGAUACUGUCAUAGGAGAAUUUCCACAUAUGGGUGCAGUUGGAUGGAGAAGAGUCUCCGGGGGCUGGAUUUUUAAAUGUGGUGCCUCGCUGAUAAGCCCAAAAUUUAUGAUAACAGCUGCCCACUGUUCAAAAACUCCUCCAGACACCGAAGUGGCGAAUAGAGCACCAGAAAUCGUUCGGCUGGGCGAUAAAAAUAUUAUAGAUUCGUUUGACAAUGGAGUAGGGCCAACAGAUGCCAAAAUACAGAAGAUUAUAACUCAUCCACAGUAUAAGGCUCCAAGCAAAUACUACGACAUAGCUAUCAUAGAACUGACCAAAGAAGAAAGGUUCACGAAGCUGAUUCAGCCCGCGUGUCUAUGGACUGCCUUCAAUACUGCCACACUUGGCAGACAGGCAACUCUUAUCGGAUGGGGAGUCAUAGAUACAGCUGGUAAAACCACAUCUCCAAAGCUACAGGCAGCUGAUGUGGAUCUUAUAGAUUCAAGUCAUUGCGACAGGUUGCUGAAGCCUUACUGCAACCGUCUGUGGUGCGGAGUCCAGAAUACUCAGAUUUGUGCGGGAAAACUGAAAGGUGGCGUAGACGCAUGUCAGGGCGACUCAGGAGGACCGCUGCAAGUGAAAAUUUCAUUUCCGUUUGAGACCGAGUACAAUAUGCACUAUUUGAUCGGCGUGACGUCCUUCGGGAUUGGAUGUGCCAAACCAAAUCUGCCUGGAAUAUAUACACGCGUGUCCAGCUUCGUAGACUGGAUCGAAGGCGUCGUGUGGCGACAGUGAUUUUGUUAUUAUAGGAUAAUUUAUUACUGCCAGCAAUGUCUUCACGAUAGAGGCAGCACCAACUCAAAAUUUAGUUCGACGUUUGGCAAUGUUUCUGUCAAUAUUCUGAUAUGACGUGAGCAACAUGUCGGAAUUAGUUCAGAUUAUUUACUGUAUGUGAUAGUAGCGCCCUCUACCAAUCUUGUACAUUUUAAGU